AUGCAAGGAAGAAGGGUCUUAGUUCCCCCCACAUUGUGUGGGUAUAUGCGGUCUCUGGAUAAACUCACUUUCUUCGACGAUGAUAUAACGGAUCGCGACCGUGGCGUCUUCCAGCGUUCCUAUGCGAGCUCUGCUACCCGGCCGACCCCCGGCGAAGCUCCAAGCCCUGAGCAUCGCGCUGUGGAGCAAUAUUCGCAUUGUUUUAUCCUCAGUGGACCGCACAAGCUUUUACAGACCAUCUAUCUCGAUGACGCAGAACCGUCUGACUCUGUCUUGAUCGACGAAGCUUCUGGAAGAAUUGCAGUCGCUGGAGGGCCGGAUAUUUCUAUCUUUAAGCCUUGUUGUGUUGGCGAUAAUACUUGGAAAUGGAGCCUAUGCCACAAACUUCGCGCCCCGAACGAUGAUGAGCGGAUAAAUGUGCUGUCAUGGGGCGCUGGGGAUGAGCUCCUGGCUGGUAGUUCGCGCCUCGUUUUAUGGCUCCUCACAGAUGAGCCGCAGAUCAUCUGGACGAAAAGCGUCGCAAACCCGGUGAAGUUUGCGCAAUUCUCCCAUGACGCUAGUUUGAUUGCCUCGACGGGUCAAUACGAUCGUCUGGUCAAGCUAUGGAGACGGCUCACAUUCAGUACCGAGGAAGUCCGGUUUGAAGUCUCCUACCUCCCCCACCCGGACGUUGUAACAAGCAUGCACUGGCGGCAGACGCAUCAUCCGGAACAGACUAUGGACAAUAUUUUUUAUACGAUAUGCGCGGACAAUAAGAUUCGGGUUUGGGCUCCCAUGGAUCGGACAUGCUCCAAGUCAGCGCUACAGCUUUGGGCGGAGGUUGAUAUGAAUGAUGCAAUUCAGCCGAGACAGCCUCAUAACAGCGAGUUUGCAAAAAGGAGAUAUGGGUUCAUAAUUGACGGGAGAGAUUUUUCCGCUGCUACGGAACGUGCGGUACAGUUAGGGGCUGCAAUGGACCAGGAUAAUCGAGCUCUUGAACAUCUUGUUGAAGUGGCAACUAAGAGUCCGGAGGUGUGUAUCAUCAUGGAUGACAGAGGACACAUGUCUGCAUGGGGUCUUGAGAAUGUCGGAUGCAAAGCCCGGUCACCAGCGAGUGUGUUUAAUAUAACGCAUGUUGAAGGGCUGCAUCUUUCUUUUGCUUCCGGCAUUCCACCGAGCGACGAUUAUGCUCAAUUUUACGGCUUUGCUGGUGGAUUAUCUGAAGAAUCGUUUACGAUUUUAGUCCAUUACUUUGACGGGAGGAUAGAGUGGCUUGACUCGAAGGUGGAGGUGUUAUUUGACCCAUCUCCGCGAAAGCAACGGUUGACUUCAAGAGCCGUCUGGUCUGGACAUACGGGCUCCAUCAAGAAGAUCGUACGUAAUGCCAGUGGGAAAAUUCUAGUUUCGCGUACCGACGACAAUAAGGCAAUGAUCUGGCGACAAAAAGCUUCUAGUUCGGGCCCUGUUCUCGUUCGGCAGAGCUCUCUCUACUCCGAUCUGCACAUACAUCGUACAUGUCUGAUUGGAGAGGGGAAAUUCCUGAUCAACCUACACCACCACAGCAUUUCACUUUGGGAUACCCGUUCGUUCUACGCAGAGAGGAUAGCAACAUGUGAUUUUGGGUUGACGUCCAAACCACUCUGUGUUCUACUUAUACCGACUAUCGAGACGAAUGCCUCAACAGUGUACGUGGCAGCUAUUGCUGCCGAUAUGACUGGAGUCGCUUGGGAAAUUGACCUUCCACAGGAGCACGCCGUUGUGAAUGGGGCGAAUGGAUUCCAUCGUCCUCAUAUGCGCCAAUUUUGUAAAUUUAGCCUUGGUGUGGAUGAAGACAUAGCGUAUAUCUUGCCAAUUGACCCGGCAGGUUCUUCUAUGAUGAUUUCAGGUUUCCUCGACCUUUUCGCAACUGACAUAGCUCUGACUUAUACGUAUGGCGGGAGAGUUAGGACUUGGACUGCGAAGGUCGAUAAACAAAAUGAAAAAAUUGACUGGCUGCUAACUUCUACAGUUGAGACUGGGAUAUGUAAUCCAUCACUCGCCAGUGGCGCCUCAAUGCGCAAAGCAGCUAUCAUCGACCAAGAUCGAACGCGUCUCACUAUAUGGGAUACCUAUGGGGCUCAGUUGGAGUUUGAAGAGAAGUUUCCUCAACAUGAUAUCAUCAAGGAUUUGGAUUGGACGUCAACACCGCAUACACAAUCCAUAUUGUCUGUUGGAUUCCCCCACAAAGUCGUUCUCAUGUCUCAGCUACGAUAUGACUACCUCGAUGCUGGACCAUCGUGGACGCAGAUUAGAGAAAUCUCGAUCCGGGAUCUAACACCUCAUCCGAUUGGUGAUUCCUGUUGGCUCGGCAACGGUAAUCUUGUCGUUGGGUCUGGCAAUCAACUGUUCGUCUAUGACAAGCAUAUUGAACUCAGUAACCGAUUGGUUGCCAAUCUUCGACUUCCAGCGCGGCAGAUAUAUGUGGAUCUCUUUGGCGUUGUCAGUCGUUUGAAUGGUACUCUACCAGUGUUUCAUCCGCAGUUUUUGUCACAGUGCAUACUUUCCGGGAAGUCAAAUCUAGUGCAUCUAAUCCUCACAAGUCUCUAUCGAAAGCUUAUUUUUUAUACUGAGGGAGAUGAACUUGAUGGAUUCUUGGAUAUCCCGCUCGAAGAUAUCUAUCAAAAUGAAGAUGCCAUGAAAAAGGUCCACUGGAAAGAAAUGCCUUCGUCGUAUGGCGAUUUCACCACUGAUUGUGAAUCCUCUGUUGUGGACGAGACGCUGGGAACCGCACUAAAUGAAAAUUUAAUGCGAGUUGCACUGCCUCAAUUAACAAGUACCGAACAAUUCCGCCUUGUAAACAUCAUUGAGUGUGUAGCAACCGUCGAUAAACAUCGACGGUCAAUGGACGAUAAUGCUGCGCGGUAUCUACUAUUCUUCCGCCAACAUGUGUUACGGAGGAGCCAAGGACUUCCUGAGCAACCUACUGUUUCAUGGCGGGAAAUUGUAUGGGCGUUACACAGCGACAGUCAUGAAAUCCUCGUAGAUCUCGUCUCUAGACAAUAUCAGGGAAAAAUGCUUUGGGAGCAUGCGAAAGAGAGUGGGAUUUUCAUGUGGAUAACAGAUUUAAAUUGUUUGCGAGCUCAACUCGAAGUCGUUGCACGCAAUGAAUAUACCAAAAGCGACGAAAAGAAUCCCAUCGACUGUAGUCUUUAUUAUCUGGCACUUAGAAAGAAGAGUGUCCUACAGGGCCUUUGGCGAAUGGCAGGCUGGAAUCGUGAACAGUCUGCCACCCAACGAUUAUUGAGCAAUAAUUUUAAUGAGCCGAGGUGGAAAACGGCGGCACUCAAAAACGCGUAUGCAUUGCUCGGAAAACGGAGAUUUCCGUACGCUGCUGCUUUCUUUCUACUGGCAGACCACUUGCGUGAUGCUGUUUAUGUGUGUAUGAAUCAACUGCAAGAUGUGCAGUUGGCUGUAGCGAUUGCACGGGCCUACGAGGGAGAUGAUGGACCGGUUCUUAAGGAGAUUCUAGAGGAAAGAGUUCUUGUAGACGCUGCUUCCGAGGGUAACCGAUGGAUGGCUACGUGGGCAUUUUGGUUGCUGAAUCGACGAGAUAUAGCUGUACGGACAUUGAUUUCGCCCAUUGAAACCCUCAUCCUAUCCACUCCAUCCUCCCCCACCAGCCCAGGCACAAUUACCCUACGGGCAAAAUCAUACCUUUCCCACGACCCAGCUCUGGUCAUCCUUUACAAACAACUCCGCGAUAAGACCUUGCAGACGCUGAAAGGUGCGUCCAAAGUCCCUGCAAGAGACGAAUGGGAAUUCGUCCUGCGCAACGCUCGGUUGUAUGACCGUAUGGGCUGCGACCUACUGGGCCUCAACCUUGUGCGCGAAUGGGAGUUCCUUAAACCUCCCCCACCUCCCAAGAAAAAUCAACCUACACCCCUAUCACUUACGCCGCCGGAUCUAAGGAAAUUGCUGAAGAGGAGAGGCAGUCUAGUUGUGGCUGAUAUGCCCACUUCACCAUCGCUUCAGGAAGAGUUAAAACAUCCCAUUUCUCCGCACAGUGGAAAGCGCGAAGCACGGACUAUGUUUGAGGAGCCAGAUCCAAACUCUUUGUUGGAUAGUUUUGGUUUUUAAUUAACUAAUUUCUUAUUUAGAGGUAUCAUCUUGUUGAGGGAUCAGCUCAAGGGUUUUAUUGGGUUUCCGUGGUGCAUUGGCAACGGCGGCGGGUUUUAUCAUUUAGACACCCAUAUCUCUUCCCGUUUUACAGGUACACUUAAUUUUUUCCUGCUGGCCAUAUGUGUAUGUAUACGUAUAUUCAUGUAAUUGUAAUUGUCUUCAUUCAUCAAGGAUGUUAUCUUUG